UCCUUUGACAAUCAAAGAUGGCUGCGCCCAGUAAUACCAGCUGCAGCUGUUGACCUCUUUUUCCUCUUUGCUACCUGGUGUCUGGGGUAACAGGCUGAACCUGAGAAUCAUGUUGGGCCGGACCCUUGGAGAAGUUUCUGUGGCACUGAAACAAGGCCAAAUUACACCAACAGAACUCUGUCGGAAAUGUCUCUCCCUUAUCCAGAAGACCAAGUUUCUAAAUGCUUACAUUACAGUUUCAGAAGAGGUAGCAUUAAAGCAGGCUGAAGAAUCAGAAGAAAGAUACAAGAAAGGUCAGUCACUUGGGGAUUUGGAUGGAAUUCCUGUUGCAGUAAAAGACAACUUCAGCACAUCUGGCAUCGAGACAACGUGUGCAUCAAAUAUGCUAAAAGGCUAUAUACCACCUUUUAAUGCUACAGUAGUUCAGAAGUUGUUGGAUCAGGGAGCUCUACUAAUGGGAAAAACAAAUCUAGAUGAGUUUGCUAUGGGAUCUGGAAGCACAGAUGGAGUAUUUGGGCCAGUUAAGAAUCCCUGGAGUUACUCAAAACAGAGAAGAGAGAAGAGGCAGCAGCAGGCCCAGGGCGAGAGCCAGGCUGCCGAGUGGCUGAUCACCGGGGGGAGUUCCGGUGGCAGCGCAGCCGCCUUGGCAGCGCUCACGUGCUCGGCGGCUUUAGGAUCAGACACUGGAGGAUCAACCCGAAAUCCUGCUGCCCACUGUGGGCUUGUUGGUUUUAAACCCAGCUAUGGCUUAGUUUCUCGUCACGGUCUCAUUCCCCUGGUGAAUUCGAUGGAUGUGCCAGGAAUCUUAACCAGAUGUGUGGAUGAUACAGCAAUUGUAUUGGGUGUACUGGCUGGACAUGACCCCAAAGAUUCUACUACAGUGCAAGAUCCUGUUAAACCAUUUACGCUUCCCAGUUUGACAGAUGUGAGCAAACUGUGUAUAGGAAUUCCGAAGGAAUAUGCUGUACCUGAACUAUCCAGUGAAGUACGAUCUCUCUGGUCCAAAGCUGCUGGCCUCUUUGAGUCUGCAGGAGCCAAAGUGAUAGAAGUAUCCCUGCCUCACACCUCUUGCUCAAUCGUCUGCUACCAUGUAUUGUGUGCCUCAGAAGUGGCAUCGAACAUGGCAAGGUUUGAUGGGCUAGAAUAUGGUCAUAGGUGUGACAUUAAUGUGUCUACUGAAGCCAUGUAUGCUGCCACCAGGCGAGAAGGGUUCAGUGAUGUGGUGAGAGGGAGAAUUCUUUCAGGAAACUUCUUCUUACUAAAAGAAAACUAUGAAAAUUAUUUCAUCAAAGCCCAGAAAGUGAGGCGCCUCAUUGCAAAUGACUUUGUGAAUGUGUUUAACUCUGGAGUGGAUAUCUUGCUAACUCCCACCACCUUGAGUGAGGCGGUGCCUUACCUGGAGUUUAUCAAAGAAGACAACAGAACACGAAGUGCCCAAGGUGAUAUUUUUACACAGGCGGUAAAUAUGGCAGGGCUGCCAGCUGUGAGCAUGCCGGCCGCCCUGUCACACCAGGGGCUGCCAAUCGGGCUGCAAUUUAUUGGACGUGCAUUUUGUGACCAGAAGCUUCUCACAGUUGCCAAAUGGUUUGAAAAACAAGUACAGUUUCCUGUUAUUCAAUUUCCAGAACUCAUGGAUGGCUGUUCAUUAGUCUUUGAAAAUGAAAAGUUAGCUUCUGUUUCUCUACAACAGUAGUGAUAAAUGUGUCAUGUGCAAAUUAAAAUGAUUUUUAAAGAUUGUGUAUUUAAAGUAUCAAAUGAUAUUGCUCAAGUCUUGUAAUUCGGUUCAUUGUCAAUGGAAUCAUUCCUUGGAUUCACUUUUUAAGAUUCCUGUGAUAAUUAUAAAACUCAGCAUUUAUUAAACAGCUGCUAAGUGCAAAGCACAGGAUUUCUACUAUAAUAUAAAAUACAUGUUCCUGAAAAACAGUAUAGCACAAAAAUGUUCCUUAAUUAGAAAAGAACUUGGGUUGGGGGGAUUUAGGUCAGUGGUUCUGCCGCCUGCCUCACAAUCACAAGGACCCAAUUUCGAUCCUUAG